UUGAGAUCUAGUGCGAUUCUUCACGAAAACAAAAAAAACAGAAAUGAUGUCAUUUUAAAAAUAACUCGCAAAACAUCCCUCUUGACACCAUCAACAGAAAGAAAGUAUAUGUUAGAUCUAAUACACUAGUCAUAGUUCACAUUAUAUCCAAAUAUGGAUAACGAGGAAGAUGCAGAAACUCCACAAAAUGUAAUUGAAAAAGUGGUCCAAAGGAGAAUUUUCAAAAUCAUUGUGAUUGGAGAUUCCAAUGUUGGCAAGACAUGUUUGACAUUCAGAUUCUGUGGUGGUAAAUUCCCUGACAAGACAGAGGCUACAAUCGGUGUUGAUUUCCGUGAACGACAAGUUGCAGUCGAUAGUGAGAAUAUAAAGCUUCAACUUUGGGACACAGCUGGUCAAGAGCGUUUCCGCAAAAGUAUGGUUCAACAUUACUACCGCAAUGUGCAUGCCGUUGUCUUUGUCUAUGACGUGACAAAACUUUCAUCAUUUGAAAAUAUGCCACAAUGGAUAGAUGAAUGUGAUAGGCAUCAGCUCACAACAGAAGUUCCAAGAAUUUUAGUCGGGAAUAAAUGUGACAUGAAAGAUAAAAUUGCAGUUAACACAAAAAUUUGCAGAUAGCCAUAACAUGCCGUUGUUUGAAACAUCCGCUAAAGAUGAUUCCGAAUCUGACCAUGUUGAGGCAAUUUUUAUGACAAUUGCCCAUAAAUUGAAGAACUGUCGUCCCAUGAUGCCCAACCACUCAGCGCAGGAUCGUAGAGCUCUCGAAUUAGGAUCAUUGUCUGGGGAGAAAUCUGAAAGUGCUUGUUCCUGUUAAGCUAACAACACAAUUUCGCAAAAAAUUAUGAAUCUAUUCAUGUUCAAAACUUCUCAAAGUCAAACUAGGGUGAAAUGGUUCAGAUUUCAAGUAGGCCUAAUUGUAGUCAAUAUUAAAUUGGGGACCACUUCUCAUGUUAUUCUCUGGUGACAUUAAAACUAUCAGCUGAUCCAUCACACAAUUCACUAGUGCAUGACACACCAUUCACUAGUGUAUGACCCACCAUUCACUAGUGUAUGACAC